UCUGAAGGUAUAUAAGUAACUCUCAUUUUUAAUUACUUUUUAUGGUAAUUUAGAGAAGUAAGAAGUGAAUCUCCAUUGAAGCACACUAGAUCGGAUUUAUAUGUGCCGUCAUAUGAACGGUGAUUUAAAAGCAAUUUUAGGAUGGAAGACUUCACAUCUUCUAUGCAAUAUUUCAUCUAACGAAUCUUCAUAAGUUUAAUAUUUAACAGUUUAACGGCGUUUUAUAAUUCUGACAAAGAUGGAUGGAAAAGCAAAAUACGCAGAUGAUAUUGAUAUAUCGAAUAACAGAAAUGAACGUGAAAGUAAACACUCCAAACAUGCUAAAGUGGAUGUGCAGGUUGGCCGUAUUCGAGUCAAAGAAAGAUUAGAUCUAUCUGCGGGUAUAGUGUUUAUAAUUGGAGCAGUGAUUGGAUCGGGAAUAUUCAUUUCUCCUCUUGGCGCCUUAAAGAACAGUGGAUCGGUAGGAGCGAGUCUGUUGAUAUGGGUCGCAUGUGGUAUACUUUCUAUCAUCAUAGGACUAGUGUACGCCGAGCUAGGAGUCAUAUUGCCAAAGUCUGGUGGCGAUUAUACGAUUAUCAGGACGGGCAUCGGCAACAUUCCCGCCUUCCUUAUCUCAUGGACAACAACAACUGUAACCCACGCAGGAAGCCGUGCAGUGCUGGCCCUGGUGUUCGCAGACUACCUUUGUGCACCUAUAUUUGGUGCCUGUAAAGCGCCUGAUAGCAUCCGUAAAAUGAUAGCCGCAGCCCAACUGUUACUUCUGGCUAUUACAAAUACAAUCAGUGUCAAUAUUGUUGCCUCAGUGCAAGGAUUGUUCACGUUUCUUAAGGUAGCCGCUCUCGUUGUUAUAACUGUUGGAGGGUUCGUUUACUUGUUCGAAGGCAAAACAGAAAACUUUGAAAAUGCUUUUGAGGGUACAACAAACGACGUAACGUCGAUCACGCUGGCAGUUUAUAGUUGCAUGUGGGCGUACGGUGGAUAUAACAAUCUGAAUGAAAUAGCUGAAGAAAUGAUUAAUCCAAAGAAAAAUAUUCCAAAAUCGAUCAUUAUAUCCCUGACGCUCAUCACCCUUAUUUAUAUAUCAACGAAUGUUUCGUAUUUCACACUAUUGUCAAAAGACGAGUUCCUGUCUGUAAAUGCCGUAGCCUUCAGCUGGGGCGAGCGAGUGCUUCAAGCUGGUGCUAUCUUUAUUCCUCUCAGCGUCAUGUGUUCCGUCUACGGGGCAUCAAACGGCGGUUUCUUCACGGACGUGCGAGUGAGGUUUGCGGCCGCAAGAGCGGGUCAUUUACCGGAGAUAUUGUGCUACCUACACCAUAAGACAAGGAUCCCGCUCGGUGCGCUUAUCUUCAAUACAGGUGUUUCAAUCAUUAUGCUUAUUCCCGCCGAUGUUUCGGAACUGAUCAACCUCGUCAGUUUCAUAGGAUUUCUCACACAGGGACUAUCUAUCGUUGCGUUUAUGAAGUUAAGAUACCAUCGAAGGAACAAGCCCGUUAAUAAGGAUGAUUUUCGGAUUCCAAUGGUUUUGGCAGUUAUUGCGUUGCUUGUUUGUAUAUUUAUGGUUGUAUCUCCGUUUGUUUCAAGCCCCAAAAUUGAAUUCCUCUACGGUGCAGGAUUUAUUCUUUCUGGGCUUAUCUUGUACUUUCCGUUCGUCCAUUUUGGUUGGAUAAUCCCGGGCUGGGAUAAAGUCACCAUGUUCUUCCAGUUGUUUAUGGAAAUGUGUCCGACUGUGUUAGAUGCUGACUUGGAUAUUUAGAAGAAAGUACACAUCGAAUAUAAAAAAUUCGAAUCAUACAUUAGCCUUUAAAUACUUUAAAGGUACGAUUUUAAAUAAAUGCUACGUAAAUUGGUUGAUCUUUCUGCUAGUAUCUCGUCUCGUUGCUCGCGUAAAGAAACUUCGUACUCGACCUUCUGCGCUUGACGCAAGCAACUCUGAAGUGAAAUAACCCCAUACCGUCUUUAACCGUAACAGUGUGUCAGCGUGUCAUUGCCACGUUUUCAUCAGUAAAACAAGAUCUUAUCAACAUUAAGUACUUGCAGAUUAAGAUGUUAGACAAAUGUUAUUUAAAACAUAUUAUUUUGCCGCAAAAUAGUACGCUAUCCAAACAAAUAGGUGCACGAACAUUCUAUCCAAAACUUUUUUUUUUUUUGGGGGGGGGGGUUGAUUCCUCUUUAUGCAUGUACUAAAAUAUGUAAAAUGUGUAUUGUUUGUUUCGCUUAACGUCCCGAGGCAAAAGCCUCAAUAUUUAUCAAUAAAGACAUUCUAUUAAUAGAAGUUUUUCUCUUGUUCUGUGGCGUUAUGCGGAGUCAUCGAAAUGAAUAGCCAAAAUUGCUCAACUACAGAUUGGCACACGUGUUCAAAAUGUCCAAAUUCAGAAAAAAAAAUUUGAAGAAGUUUCCAUUGAAAGGCAUCCAGGUUUGUGCUUCAAUCGACCAGUGUUGUGUGUAUCUCGUUAUAUAUCAUCACUGUGCAUCUUAACAAUGUAACAGUUGAAUGCUUGCCCCUGUAGUUCUCUUUGAAUUAUUGCUGUUUGUAUGUUUGGUCCUUAUGCCGUUAAAUAAGAUCGCAUAACCUGUUUCCCAGCUGUGCGGGACCAUGAGAUUAUAUUCACAAAUGUAUUGAGCCCCAGACUCAGAAAUGCUUUAACAAGAGCGAAGAGGCAAAACAAGCUGUAUUUUUUACAUUUUAACUAGUGUACAAUCAGUCGCACAUUUCUUGCCAAAAUAAUUAUACCAUUGAUGUAAGAAAAAUUAAGAAAUCGGCUUUCUGAGCAUCGGGCGCAAAUUCAUGCUCACUACGUUAGUUACAAUUGGCCCUGUAGUUGGAACAUUACCAUCUGUACAAACGUAUCACAAAUGAAACGUGUCAUUGGCCUACAUAUAACGAAAACGGGCAAUAAAAAUACAUAGGUAGCGGCUAUUGUAAAUAAAUUGGCAUAGAUUAUGGGGUGAUACGGUUAGAAGGUCAGAUUUACAUUUUAGGACAUUGACCAUUUUAAUAUAGACCAUAUUUGACAGGCUUCUAAAAACUUACCAUUUAAUGAGAAUAUGAUUAACCCAAUAUCAUAUCUACUUGUCGCAUCAAAUAUGCAUUAUUUUAUCUGUUUACUUCAGCGCCUGUCACUUACUUUUUAUUUGCUCGGCAAAGAGCUUGUCAAACUAAAGCCAUAAAAACAGAUAGUGUAGUCAUCACGAAAAUGACUUCGUUAGAAAUUAACUUGAGAUGUGUUAUGAAUACCGGCCUAGAUACUGAAUUCAUUUAGUAUUUCAUAGUGUAUACUUUAACAUGCUUUCUAAAAUAGAACGAAGUCCGAACGAGGCCUCAUAUUUUCUGUAUCGCAUUAGCAACUAACAGACCUGUUCGUACACGCUCGUUUCCAUACAAGUAUAUCAUUGAUUUCAGAAGCUGUUAUAUAUCGAACUCGUAUGUCGGUAACGAAAAGAUUUGAAUAACAUUUUAUUCAAGUUUACUUGAUAGGUAUGUUCAUCUACUCGUAUUAGGGUAAAUAGUAAGCUACACGCUUAUCAGUAUACAUAUAUCAUGCUUUUGAAAUAAGAAAAUUAAGUUUGAGUGUAAACACGACUUAGUGUACGGUAACAUUGUAUUUGAAUUACGGUACUCUUUAUGCUAGACGUACAGUGUACAUAUGAAAUACAAAAGAUCAAUAAAUUGUUCGGAAUAAGUUGACACACAUUAACUGGAUAGUAUCGAUGACAACCAUGAAUAUUUGUACGUACAAGCCUGAUUUUUGUAUUACAUAGACUAUCUUUCUGUUAAAAACCUUAGUCCCAAAUAGCAAAACAUUAUUGAAGUCAUUUGUACAUAAUGAGUAUAGUAAUAACGUGUAUUGCUAAUCAAAAUUCAUGAUAUCAUUGUAGUGUUGUGCAUAAGUCAUACGGUUGAUAGAUAUACAGUUAAGUUAUAAUUCAUAAUCGAUAAAGACAAUUAUAUUAAAUUUAUAUAUGAAUAUAGUUGUUAAAUCUGUGAUAUAGAGUUAAUCAACCUGUUCCGCCAUACAUGUAUAUAUAAGUAAUUGUAUUACAUUGAUUUGAUCACGGGCCAUGUUGACCUAUUUCAAAUAUGUAUUGUGUGAUAAAUU